AUGACCGACGCCCAAUCCACCCUUACUCGGGCUACGACUGCGAGUCGCAAGUCGACGAUUGCUAGCCGCAAUGCUUCGUUGAUCAAGAAGAACACGGGCCCCCUGGAGCUCCGUCCUUCGGACAUCCUUAUUGAGCGCUUCAGCGGCUGGAAGAACAUCACUAAGAUGCUGAUUGCCUACUUCGAGGGUAUUGCUGACAUUGAGUACAACACCGCGAAGGAGAUGACCAAGCUGGGUGGCGUCAUUCAGGUGCCUUUCCGCGAGGGUAACCAGUUCCUCGGUGAGGACGGUCUGCAGGACAUCUUCUACAGCAUCCGCGAGAAGAGCCGUACCAUUGCUGACCACCACGCGAACCUGGCCAAGACGGUCGAGGGCUCGAUUGUGCAGCACCUGCACAAGCUGAAGGCCGAGAUCAAGGCGCACAUUCGCAACGUGCAGCAGGACACCGGCCGCCUGGCGAACUCGGUGGCCCGCGAACGCGAGGUGUCGACGAAGAUGAUCUCGGACCUUGCUCGCUCGAUCACCCUGCUCAAGAACACCCCUAUGAGCGUGAGCCCCCGUGAGGACCCGUACUCGGCCAACCAGGCUGUGGCUCUGCAGCUGCAGCGCCAGGUGAACGAGGAGAACGCGCUGCAGAAGAGCAUUAUCAUUAUGCAGCAGAACUCGGCUCACUUUGAGGAGGGUAUUGUGCGCAGCAUUCAGAGUGCCUGGCAGACCUUCGACGAGUGGAGCGGCCGUAUGUCCGCCCAGGUCCAGGACACCUGGCUCGGUCUCGGUGUGCACAUGCGCAGCCUCGAGCCGAAUGCCGAGUGGAUUGCGUUCGCCUCGCGUUCGGACCACCUUCUGGACCCCGACACGCCGCUGCGCAACAUCGAGACGAUCGACUACCCCGGCAAGGAGGACCCCUCGGUCAUCCCUGUGCACCAGGGUAUGCUGGAGCGCAAGAAGCGCUUCACCAAUGCCUACAAGGAGUCGUACUACGUGCUUACGCCCGCCGGUUACUUGCACGAGCAUGCUUCGUCCGACCCAACGCGCCACAAUGUGCCCGAGCUGUCGCUCUUCCUGCCUGAGUGCACGCUUGGCGCCCCCUCGACGGCGUCUGCCUCGACCCACAAGUUCCACAUUGAGGGCCGUACUGGCCAGCAGAGUGGUGUGUUCGGCACUAACGUGGCGUACACGUUCCGUGCUCGCAGCCACGACGAGCUGAUGGAGUGGUGGAACGACAUCAAGCAGCUGUCGAAGGUCUACCUGACCACGAGUGAGCAGAUGGACCGUUCGGGCCCUGUGCCUGCGGCUGUGCGUGCGGCCGGCUACCGCGAGGACGAGUUCCUCGAUGACGAGGACGAGGAAGAGGAGGAGGACGACGAGGACGAGUACGAGGAGGGUGAAUACGUGCCUGCCUCGCACAGCUACGGCUUGGCGCCUGCGAUUCCCUCGAACGUCACUGCCGCGGCGCCUGUCACAGUGCUCGAUGACAAGCGCCGUGAGCAGAUCCCCGCUUACUCGGCCCCUGCUCGUGGCUCGGGUGUGGAGAUCGGCUCGAACGGCUACGCCCUUGAGAAGAAGCCUGGUGCUGCGAGCGCUGACACUGCGGCUGACGAGACGAAGAAGGGCGCCGAAGUGGUUGACCAAAUCACAUCGAAGUAA